GAGAGAGAGCCAAAGCUGGGUAUCUAUCAUCACUGGUAGAGUUUUGCCUGCCAAUAAAUGCCCGGUUUCGUCAGUGUCUCACCGAAUGCGUUUGUUGUUUGCAUCUAAAACAUGUGGCUGAAUGGUCAAGGUCCCUGAGGUGUGACCUUGCAGCAGCUCCUGGUGAGGACUGUGAGCCGGUGGCGGUGUGUGGUGGCUGCGGUGGGGGCUGUGACACACGAUGGAGCCUGCCGGUGUCAUCCGCAUGUACGCGUCCACUCCCCCUCCCAUGGAGGACGGCGGCGGCGAGGACGAGGACGACGAGUUCGGGGACUUCUCCUCUUCCGGAGGCGGCGUCCCCAACAGCAUCAGUUUCUCCGAGCUGGACACGCCGGCGGCCACCUUCAGCCAGCAGUCCCAGUCGCAGUCCCAGCCUCACACCCAGCCCCUGGUCGCUACCUCUCCCCCAGAGCUCCUCAGCAACGGCCACCCUCGAGUUCCUUCCUCCUCCUCCUCCUCCUCCUCCUCCUCAAAAGCCAACGGGGUCGUUACGGGUCCAGGAGCAGGAGCGGACGGCACCGCCCCGGCUAGGACGCUCAGCACCGCGAGCGAGGAGAUGCAGGAACGGCCAACAGGGCAUUCGCAAACCACUACGGCCAAUAACAACGCCGCUACCAGCUGCACAGACUCCAAGUUGAGGAAAAGGACUGAGGCUACAGUAGUGGAGUGUAGCAGCAGUGCGGACUGUAAUGGUGGUGGGCCUGAGAAGGAGGAAGAGGAGGAGGAGGAGGAGGAGGAGGCAGGCGGGAGUGGACCACUCACUAACGGCUUCGCUGCAUUUGAUCAGCCAGGCACUCACGCUCCCGUGAAAUCCAGAGGCAGCGCACCAGACUCUGAGGUCGCCCUCGAGUCGAGUGGGGUCGUCCGCGGCGAAAACGACAGCGAGGACGACUUUGCGGAUUUUGCCGCUUUUUCCGUCAACACUAACAGCCACGACGACGAUCACUUAAACGACGGCAAUGGCGACGGCGACCAACAGGCCAACUGGGGGAACCCUUUUGUGGCCGACUGGCAAACGACGACACCACAAGCCGACGACAUCCUGAACGCCGAUGGGAAGUGGGGUAGUUUGUCGGGCGCGUCGGAAGAAGUUGCGUUGGCCAGAGACUCUUGUGGCGGGAGAGACGUGGACUCUCUUCCCGCGGCACCGUCAGAGGCACUGAGGAACGGGGAUGGGGACGGGGACGGGGACGGCGACUCCUCGUGGACCCACACGGACCAUGAUGAUAACACUCAAACUGAAGCAGACAUGAACAACACGUACAGCGCACUUUCCCAGACACAGGCCACACUAAACGGAGAGCUAGGAACCGGCUCAGAGGAGGAUGGCGACGAUGAUGGUGAAGGCGUGAAGCCACCGCACAGUUUAACAUCAUCUAGCACGCGGUGUCCCGACCGCGAUUCUGACCCAGACAAGUCAAGGGACGGCGUUGGCGUUGGCGUUGGCGUUGGCGCAGGCUCGGGCAAUGACAGCGAGCCCGAGACGGAAACGGAGACUGAGACCUCCCUGGGCCGCCCGCUGUCCACCGACGCCCUGGAGGACUUUGGGGACUUCAGCACCACGGGCUCGGUGCCCUCGCCGCCCCUCCUCCAGGAGGACACGGUGGCCGACGCUGACGCCACGCCGCUGGCCGACCACAGCCACAUGGAGGUCGGGGACGGCGACGAGGACGAGGACGACGAAGAGUUUGGGGAUUUUGGAGACUUCUCGUCCACGACCGCUACAACGGCGACAACAACAACAGCGGUGGGAGGUUUUGGAGCCAGCGGGCCGGACUUUAGUGCUAACUUCGAUGCCUACCCUUCGAGAUCCAACAUGGCCGCCGAUGGUGCUGCCACCACGUCGGAUGCAAUACAGAACGAGUUCAGAGAAGACUCGAAAACAGAUACUAAAGAGAUCAGCUGCGCCACCUCCUUCUCUGACUUUACGACCACUUUAACAUCCAGGGACCUGACCGACUCUGAAUGUAAAACAGCAGCAGCAACAGAAGACGGAGGAGGAGGAGGAGGAGGAGGAGGAGGAGGAGAGGAAGGUCAGUCAGAGCUUAGUAGCAGCAUGGCCGUGAGUGACAGUUUUGCAGACUUCCACUCUGCGCCUGUAGAGGGCGACGCAAGCGGCAGGAACGACGACUGGACUGCUUUUGGGGAGGAACAGGAGGGGGCGGAGGAGAAGGAGGAGGAGCAGGCUGGAGGGGGGGAGGAGGGGUUCAGAGAUGGGGACACGGGUGCUGUAGGAGGAGGAGGAGGAGGAGGAGGUGAUGGAGGAGGAGGAGGAGAGGAGGAGUCCUGGGCAUCCUUUGGGCCUACCACAGCAUCAGCAUCAGCAGCACUUUCGGAGGAGAGCUCAGAGGGGGGGUGGCAUGAAGGCCAUCAGCUGCAGCAGCAGCAGCAGCAGCAUCAGACCCCCACGCUGCCCCCCAGCUGUAGCACUACUACUGACCACAGCAGGACGGACCCCGCUACUGCGGCACUAUUGGGCCGGGUGCAGAGGUUGUUCCAGGCGAGUUUUCCCGAGGCGGCGGCCACGGCGUCAUCUGUAGAGGAUCAGGAAGUGGAACACCUGCAACACUUCCUCAAGCCGCCAGCGGAGUCACAGAGCCAGGCGGAGGGCGACCACCAGGGGGCAGCAGACGCCAACAGGGGUGUGCGGGACGUGUGGAGACAGCUGCAGGACAUCCAUAACGCCUUCGGCCUACAGCACCAGUGGGGCGGUUCCCAUAGCAACAAGAUGCUCUUGUGCUCCCUCGGAAUCGACACGAGAAACAUUUUGUUCACUGGGCAGAAGAAGCAGCCGGUCAUUGUUCCCAUGUACGCUGCCAGCCUGGGGAUGCUGGAGCCGACCAAAGAGCCAGUGAAGCCCAUCUCAGCAGCGGAGAUGAUCGCCUCCAUAGCACAGAUGCCAGCCGUGGCCCCCGACGUCACCAGCACUUCCACUGACACGGCCCAGGAGGUGCUCCCACCUGUCCAGUUUGACUGGAGCAGCAGCGGCCUUACCAACCCUCUGGAUGGUGUGGAUCCGGAGCUGUAUGAGCUGACUACGGCCAAGCUGGAGCAGAGUGCCCCCGGCAGCCGGGUGGCCGACGCCUUCGCACGCCUCAUGUCCACCAUGGAGAAAACCAGCACAUCCACCAGCAGGAAGCCGCGUAAGGAGGAGCACCUGAGCGAGGAGGCCCUGAAGGUGAUGGGCGGCCUGCCGGACCUGUCCUUCAUGCAGGCCAAGGUGCUCAUGUUCCCCACCUCCCUCACGCCCCUGGCCUCCUCCUGCGCCUCCUCCUCCGCCACAGCCACCAUCGCAGACUGACAACAACACGUGAUGGGACGUGACUGACUUGAUUGACGGCUCUCUCGUUCGUCCAAUCGAAAUCAUCAGGCUUGACUGAUUGAUUGACGACGGCUCUCUGGUCCAAUCCAAUCCAAUCGUCGGGCCUGAUGUGGUUAUUAUGACUGACUGGCGGCUCUCUGGUCCAAUCACGGUGGACGACGAGGGGGAGGGCCUCCUCUCUGAUUCGCUGCUUCUCGCUGUGCUAGUAGUUCGUUCAUCAUGGGCCUGAGGAAAAGAUCCCUCCCUCCCCUUCCCGUCACCCCCUGCUCUGCAAUCAUAUCAAGGUCACCUGCUCUUUCUAUAGGUUCUCAUCUUAAAUGUUUUGUUUCUUAUGAUUUUUUUAAAAAAUUAGUUUGUUUUCUGUUUUUUAUUGUUUUAGUGUUGAUAAGUAAUAUCAAAGUGGGGGAUGAGAUUGCUGGUAGAAUCAAAUGGAGAAGGAUGAUCAUGAUCAAUUGAUCAAGACGUGGAUAAUGGAUAUCAUUAUGCGCUGCUCACUGUCAUAAAAGAGUUACACGUACAAACGUUUUAGGCUUUCGGUUUCGUAGAUGAAGUUGUUAAGAUGAAGUUGUGUGAUGAGAAUCUGUGUAAGAGGAAUCAAGUGUGUAUAUAAUCAGGGAUGAUUCAUAUUUUUUUGUAUCAUUAUUAUUAUUAUUAUUAUUAUUAUUUGAAGGUUAUUUUUAAGCAUUGGGUAAUGGGUAAGCUGUAUAAAAAAAUGUGUGUCUUAAAUGAGUAGAAAAAAAAACACUGGGUUUAAUUUUUUGUUUUGUUUAGUUUUUAGUUUUUGUUUUGGCAACGUGCAUAUGAAGGGGGAAUAUUAUGACGUAUAACUUGAAUACCGCACUGCCUGCAAGACCCGCCAGUCAUCUACCUGCUCUUGCUCAUUUUUUUUUUUUUUUUUGGAAGUCUGUUUCUGAGUUCUGAAGACUUAUGGUUGUUUUUUCCAUACAGACUUGAUUUUUCCCGGCACAUAUUGAGUGUUCAUGCGUGUGUGAGUGUUUGCCUAUGUGUUCGUGCGUGACUGCGUGCACCCCAUUGUCCAUUAUUCCACUCUGCUGGUGACAUGGCUUGUACAUUUGUCACGCAUCACCCUUGAGGCAAACGCAUCAUAAGUCACAGCCAUGAACAGGCACUUAAAAGAAUUGAAGUGUGUGUGCGCGCGUAUGUGUGUGUGUGCGAGUGCGUGUUGUGUGUGUGUGUCUGUAUAGUACAUGUGUGUGGAUAAUUGUGUAUUUACAAGAGUCGAAGUGUGUGUGUGUGUGUGUGUGUGUGAGUACGUGUGUGUGUGAGUAUGUGUGUUUGUGUGAGUACGUGUUGUGUGUGUGUGUGUGUGUGUGUCUGUAUAGUACAUGUGUGUGGAUGAUUGUGCACUUUUGCGUAAGUACCUGUAAGACAUGUUGCACCUGCUGUAGUCCGAGGUUACCAGAGAUCAUGCACCUUUUCUGUUAUUAUCUUGGAAUGUUUUAGUUGUAGUCGAAAACCACUGGCAGGUAUUUCUUUUGAAGAAACAGAAAUAUUUAAUUUAAAAAAAGAAGAAUGAAGGGGUCAGCUCAUUAAGGAACAAGGGACCAAGUUCUGCUUCUGUUUGUGUGUGUGUGUGUAGGUGUGUGCACGUGUGUGUGCGCGUUUACCCUGCUGUUUUGAAGCGUUUUUCUUUAUUUCUCUUCCUGUCCGUCACUUCUUUAGCCAUCCGCUGUCACAUUUGUUCUCUCUCUUUUUAAUUUCCCACGCUUUUCUUUUUUUCUUUCGUUCUCCUCCCUUCAUCAUUUCUGUCAAUAUAAUACCACUGUUGACCUGUUGUCUCCUGAGGUUGUUUUUGCACAUUGUACUAGCGAUUCUGAAGUGGAUGUACCGUCAUAGUUCUCUGUGGCCGUAACUAGCGAGGACAAAUGACACUACUAUGGGCCUGUAAAAAAAAGAAAUAAAAAAGAAAAAGUAUUGGGGACGUUCCUAUGGAAAAACCAGUCACUUCGUAGAGCCUGUACAGUUGCGAUGGAUGGAUGGAUGGAUGGAUGAAUGGAUGGGUGUGCAUGCCAGGGUUCUUUUCAGAUUAUAAGUGUGUAAAUUUACUUUUAGUGUACACAACAAAUAAAAAUAUGUAAUUUAAGAGUAUAACAUUGGCUUGCCUU